AUGGCCAGCCAAGAUGCGAUGGAGGAGAUCCUCUGGCGGUCUCCCCCGCACGUACAGAUGAUGGGGGGUUUCCUGCACUCCAACAACAUUCUCUUCUAUUUUGCCGAAUCCCCUUUCUUUGACCCCACCUCGAACAACGCCUCGCUCGCCAUCCAAGCCAACUACAACGAGGCCUUCCGCCACUUUGUCGAGACGCGCGAAGCUUUCGAAGCCCGCCUGAAGACCAUGCAAGGCCUGGAAUUCAUUGUCGCCUACGACCCCUUACAAGCUGCGGCACAGUCUGACACCCGCUUCGCGCACGAGCCGUCCAACGUCUGGGUGAUUCGGAAGCAGAACCGACGGAAGCGCACCGGGAUGGACGACGAGGUGAGCGUAAUCUCGACCUACUUCGUCGUCGGCGACUGCAUCUACAUGGCACCGUCGGUCGCCAGCGUCGUGGGAAACCGAAUUCUAUCGGCCGUUACAUCCUUAAACCGACUGAUGAAAACCGCAUCGACUCUGCCCUCCUUUACACCGUCCUACGGACACACAUACAUGCCACCGAUGGCCCGCGCAACGGAGUCUGGCCCCCAGGCAUCUCAACAAAGCAAAGAAAAUACCCCCAUGCCCGACGUUCCACCUCCCACCACUGCCGACACACAAACAUCCAAUAAAACAGGACUAGGCAUCUCCAACGCCACCACAAGCUCCAGCUUCCAGGAUACCCGAAGCUUAGGCGAGGCAUUCAACCUGUUCACGCAGUAUGGAGACGAAUUCAUGGACGAGAAUCCACUUGUGGGCGAGCCAGGCUCAUUCAUCAUGUCACGCGCCGGCGAGAAUGAUCGUGUGACCGGUGCAGCUCAGCCUGCAUCCAGAGCGGGCCUAGGUGCCUCGACUAAUACACCUGGACCCGCUGGACAUGCGUCUACACCGCAGGUUAGGGUGGACACACCGGGGAAAGCGUCUGACAAGAGCAAUUCGCCGCCGAGCUCGGGUGAGAAUAAGGGGAAGCGGAAGAAGAAUCGGAUUGCAAGCUAA